CGCAUUUUUGUUUUAAUAUUUGAAAAGAAUACAAAAAAACUGCGUCAUGUUCAAUGGCCUUCAACGCUUCAAGCGUUCAUUAGCUGUCAACGAAUGAAUUCCUCGACUCAAUUAUUCCUUUUUACCGAGAAAAACAGCCGAUGCACCGUAACAUUGUUGUUUUCUUUACGGUGCAGGAAUAAAUAGUCAAUAGUGACCGAAUUUGAUUGUGAUCAAAUAAGCUAGAACAACGAAAAACUAAAGAAUGGCAUACUAUAGCAUGCCAAAGGCUUCGGCUGAGCUUAAACGAAAGGAAGAGGACGAGGUCGAUUCUACGUUAAGAUUUGGAUUUAGGCUACUUUGCUCGACGGCACUGCAUCCGCUCGAAUAUGCCAAAACUCUCAUUCAGCUCGGUUAUGAACCAAUCGCACCUCGUCCCGGACGGACCCUGUUUGGUGCGAAACGUAUGAUGCUACCAAACAUUUUCCAGUAUGCUGCGUACAUCAAGAGCGUUGAUGGGUUUAUCGGAUGUUUCCGAGGCCUCAGCCCAAAGAUUCUAGGUAAUGUUUUGAGCUCAUACUAUGCAGAAAAAUUGUCCGUCGUAUUGGUGGGCAAAAUGUCCACCCGCUUCGAUGAUCCCAGUUUUAAUUGGUUCGAAGCCAAUCUUGAUGAUAUCAACGAGUACAUGGAAACAAAGGAUGGUGUGGUUGAAGCCAUGCCGGGUGGUAUGCUACGCAAAGCCGUGGCACACGUAUGCGGCGUAGUCAUUUCCCACCCAUUCCAUGUGAUUUCCAUCCGCAUGAUGGCACAGUUUAUCGGCCGGGAGCAUAUGUACGAUGGAUUGUUUGGCUCGAUAAAGGAAAUCUGGUUGCACGAAGGCAUCUCUGGAUUCUUUUCGGGAAUUAUUCCUCGCUUGUGGAUGGAUUUCUGUUGCCUGACAAUUACUAGCGGAAUCACCUACCUGGUCGCAAAGUACCUAGGAGCAAACAAAACUGUCUGCGGCCACGUAAAUAACAUUGCGCACUUUUCGGUCACUAGUGUGUUUUACCCGUACCAUGUCGUAUCCACCUGUAUGGCCGUCCAUGGAUCCAGAUUAAAGGCCGGUAAUCCGCCACUGAUGGAUUAUUACGUCAACUGGAACGAUUGUUACGCACGUCUGCUUUUGCAACGACAGCAUAAGCGAGGAUCGUCAUUCUUUUUCCGCGCCGUUGCUAGCACACCUGCCAAGAUGAACGGUGCAUUUGCUCCAUAUCCGGAACUGAAGUAAAGCGCACGGAACACAACAUUCAUUACCGUUUCACGGUACACCGUUUUGCUUGAAUAUUUAACAUUCUGCUCCGUUAUUUUCCUACCAAAACCAAAGUGGUAUUGCACAGCUUGAUGGUAGUUUUCCAGUUAGUGUUCUAUUGUUCUAUUCAUUUUUCUUUGCUUUUUCAUCUCGGUUUUUUUGUUUCUUUGACAAUCGAACGUUUCAUUGCAUUUAUCUUUUCGGUGGAAAAAAUUAUAAACUACACAUUAUUACGCACGUUUGCUAUUAAUGAAUCCACCGCCAGGCUAGAAACACAAAUGGCGAACAUUUCGUAGAGGGAAAUAUUAUUGCACACAGUGCGCAAUACAAAAAAAACAUUUAAAAGCAAAACGUUAAAUACCUCUUCGAACAAACAGUAGUCAGUCAGAAUACAGAUAAGAACCAAAACAUAAAAACAAACGCAAAAUCGUGGUGUUGUAAAAUAAUG